AUGCUGCUACGCUUGCUCCAAGGCAUCCUCGCCCUCUCGGCACUGACCUACCUCGUCAACCACGUCAUCCGCAGACUCAAGCACGGGCGCCUCCCCCCCGGACCGCGAGGCAUCCCCAUCCUCGGCAACCUCCUCCACCUGCCCCCCGCCGGCGUCCCCGAGUUCCAGCACUGGCUCGCCUUGAAGGAGAAAUACGGCCCCGUCAGCUGCCUCACGCUCCGGGGCCAGCCCAUGGUCCUGCUGCAGGACAGGCGGGUCGUCCAUGAGGUGCUGGACCAGCAGUCCCUCAAGACGGCAAGCCGGCCGCAGACGGAAUACGGCGCCAAGCUGUGCGGAUACAAUCGAUCCGCCCCCCUCAUGGACUACACCCCUACGCUGCGAGCGCACAGGAAGCUGUUCCACCAGCAGAUGGGCACCGAGGCCCUGGCUGCCAAGUUCGACGGCACCAGUCUCGAGGCCGCGCGGAGGCUGCUCGUCAGGACGCUCCACGAUCCGCAUCGUCUGGUUGAGCAUUUGGACCGGCACAUGACGGGCGUCAUCCUCCAAGCAACGUACGGAUACUCGAUCAGGCAGUCUGGCCCCGACCCGAUAGUCCGGCUCAUCCACUCGGUCAGCGCGAGCACCAAUGAAGCCCUCGUCCCCCUCGUCUGGGCGGUCGACAUCUUUCCCUUGCUGCGAAACGUGCCCUCCGCCCUGGCCAGCUUCAAGCGCAGCGCCCGCAAAGCCUGGGUAGAAAUUGAGAGAGCCGUCGAGGUCCCGUAUGCGUUUGUCAUGAACCGAAUGGACAGCACCGCGUCCCGCGAGUGCUUCGUCUCGCGAACCAUCGCCCACCACCAGGGAAAGGGCGCCGUGUCCGCCACCCACGCCGACGACAUCAAGUGGACCGCCUUCUCCAUGUACCAAGCUGGCACCGACACCGUGUCAUCCACCCUGCUGUCCCUCGUCUCGGCAAUGGCGCUCUUCCCACAGGUCCAGCGCAAGGCUCAGGAGGAAAUCGCCCGCGUGGUCGGCGAGGCCGGGCUGCCCGCUUUCCAGCACCGCGAGCAGAUGCCCUACAUGCAGGCUCUCAUCAAGGAGCUUCAUCGCUGGAGCCCCGUUGCCCCGAUGGGCCUUGCGCACCUCGCGGACCAGGAUGUCCAUUGCCGAGGCUACGUCGUCCCCAAGGGCUCCGUCCUACUCGCCAACGUGUGGGCGCUGAUGCACGACCCAGAUGCCUACGCCAACCCGGAUGCGUUUGACCCGGAUAGAUUCCUGGAGCGCAACGAGCUGGAUCCCACUAACAUGGCGUUUGGCUUCGGCCGGAGAACUUGCCCUGGAAGGUUGCUGGCGAAGGCGACGCUGUUUAUUACGGCCGCUCACAUGCUCGCCAUGUUUGAUGUUCGCAAGGCGCUGGACGAGAAUGGGGACGAGGUGGAUUUUACGCAUCGCCAUCUGCCGGGUCUGACGGGCCGUCCUGCGCCGUUCCCCUACCGCAUCGUUCCCAGGAGUGCGAGGCAUGCCGAGAUCAUUCGUGGCUUGGAGGGACAUUUUGCCAUGGAGGGGGAUGACGACGCUGCUGCUGUCGAAAAGUUGAUGUCAGGUUGA